AGAGAGAGAGAGAGAGAGACGUAUUGUACUGUGCAAUUGAAAUAAUUGAGUUGAAAUUAGAGACCAGUGAAGUACGACUUUGAACGAUAAAGACAAGGAUUAGUGAAAUUUUUUCUUGAAAAUGGUUUGGAGUUUUUCUUGUGAAGAAAUAGUUGAUCCAGUGAGGUUUGUUCUUAGAGUGGAAGUGGAGCCAUUAAUAACGAAAACGGUUAUCAUGAUUUACUAUGAAGUGGUAGUGAGGGAUAUAUAGAGUUAGUGACGGUGCCAUCUUUCCUGCGACAGUUUCAGGAACUAUGAGUUUCUCCAAGGGUUCUUCUCCUUGCGACCAGAUGCAGCAGCUUGAUAUAGAGGCUGGGUCUCCCACUGAUUUUGAUGACCGAGACUACUCUUCUGAUCCAUUUGAUAUUACCAGCACAAAGAAUGCUCCGAUUCAACGCCUCAAGCGUUGGAGGCAAGCGGCACUUGUGCUUAAUGCUUCUCGUCGAUUUCGUUACACCUUGGACUUGAAGAGAGAAGAAGAGAGGAAGCGAAUAUUGAGAAUGGUUAUAGUGCAUUCACGGGCUAUUCAAGCAGCACAUCGUUUCAAGGAAGCUGGGAAGCAAGUGAACGGAACUGUAAAACCUUCUUCAAGCUCCACUGGAGAAUUUUCAAUUGGACAAAAGCAACUUUCUUCAAUUUCAAGGGAGCAUGAUACUACUGCUCUGCGGGAAAUUGGAGGGGUUAAAGGGUUAUCACAUUCACUGAAAACCAAUUUAGAGAAGGGAAUUCGAGGUGAUGAUGCUGACUUGGUAAAACGGAGGAAUGCAUUUGGUUCCAACAAUUACCCUCGAAAGAAAGGAAGAACUCUUUUGAUGUUUAUGUGGGAUGCUUGCAAGGAUCUGACCUUGAUUAUUUUAAUGGUAGCUGCCAUGGCUUCAUUAGCACUUGGGAUAAAAUCUGAGGGUAUUGCGGAAGGAUGGUACGAUGGGGGAAGCAUUGCUUUUGCAGUUAUUCUAGUUAUUGUUGUUACAGCUGUAAGUGAUUAUAAGCAGUCUCUUCAGUUUCGAGACUUAAAUGAGCACAAGAGAAACAUACAUUUGGAGGUUAUUAGAGAUGGUAGAAGAGUUGAGAUCUCCAUAUAUGAUGUUGUUGUUGGUGAUGUUAUACCCCUUAAUAUUGGUAACCAGGUCCCUGCUGAUGGAAUUUUGAUCACCGGUCACUCUCUUGCAAUUGAUGAAUCAAGUAUGACCGGGGAGAGCAAGAUUGUCGAUAAGAAUUCUAAUGAACCUUUUCUGAUGUCUGGAUGUAAAGUUGCCGAUGGCAGUGGCACAAUGCUUGUAACCGCUGUUGGUAUUAAUACUGAAUGGGGGCUUCUAAUGGCUAGCAUUUCAGAAGACACUGGUGAAGAAACCCCUUUGCAGGUACGCUUAAAUGGUCUCGCCACCUUCAUUGGCAUUGUUGGACUCUCUGUGGCUGUCAUUGUUCUGAUUGUGCUACUGGCCAGAUAUUUCUCUGGGCAUAUUAAAAACGCAGAUGGAAGUGUUCAAUUUACAGCAGGCAAGACCAAAGUUGGUGAUGCUAUUAACGGUGCAAUUAAGAUAGCCACUGUUGCGGUCACCAUUGUAGUGGUUGCAGUGCCUGAAGGGCUCCCUUUAGCAGUUACCUUAACACUUGCUUACUCAAUGAAAAAAAUGAUGGCAGAUAAAGCUUUGGUGAGGAGGCUUUCUGCCUGUGAGACAAUGGGGUCGGCCACUACCAUUUGCAGUGAUAAGACUGGAACAUUGACAAUGAACGAGAUGACUGUAGUUAAGGCUUGUAUUGGUGGGAAGAAGAUUGAUCCUCCUCACGAAAAGUCACAGCUCUCUCCUAUGCUCUGCUCUUUGCUGAUUGAAGGUGUUGCACAGAACACUAAUGGAAGUGUUUAUGCACCUGAGGGUGGUGAUGGUGUUGAGUUUUCUGGAUCACCAACAGAAAAGGCAAUUUUACGUUGGGGAAUUCAGCUGGGGAUGAGUUUUGAGGAUGCCAGAUCAGAAUCAUCAAUAAUUCACGUCUUUCCAUUCAAUUCAGACAAAAAACGAGGCGGAGUUGCAAUACAGACGGCUGACUCUGAAAUUCAUUUACAUUGGAAAGGUGCUGCUGAGAUAGUCCUAGCCUGCUGUACAGGGUAUAUGGAUGCAAAUGAUCAGUUGGUGAAGAUGAAUGAAGAGGAGAUGACAUUUUUUAGAAAGGUUAUUGAAGAUAUGGCUGCUGAAAGUCUACGUUGUAUUGCCAUUGCAUAUAGAUUGUGUGAAAUGGAGAAUGUUCCAACUAGUGAAGAAGAACUUGCUCACUGGUCAUUACCAGAGGAUGAUCUUGUUUUACUGGCUAUUGUUGGUAUGAAGGAUCCUUGUCGACCUGGUGUCAAAGAUGCAGUGCAGCUUUGCCAAAAGGCUGGGGUUACGGUAAAAAUGGUCACUGGUGACAAUGUAAAAACUGCAAAAGCAAUUGCUUUGGAAUGUGGAAUACUUUUUGCUGAUGCUACAGAGCGAAACAUCAUUGAAGGAAAACAAUUUCGUGACUUGUCAGAUGCAGAGAGAGAAGAAAUUGCUGAAAGGAUAUUGGUUAUGGGACGGUCAUCCCCUAAUGACAAGCUUUUGCUUGUGCAAGCAUUGAGGAGGAAGGGGCAUGUCGUGGCUGUAACUGGGGAUGGAACAAAUGAUGCUCCAGCACUACAUGAGGCCGAUAUAGGUCUUGCAAUGGGCAUUCAAGGUACAGAAGUUGCUAAAGAGAGCUCUGAUAUCAUUAUUUUGGAUGACAAUUUUGCUUCAGUUGUGAAGGUUGUGAGAUGGGGGCGGUCUGUAUAUGCAAAUAUUCAGAAGUUUAUCCAGUUUCAGCUUACAGUCAAUAUAGCAGCUCUUGUUAUAAAUGUUGUUGCUGCAUUUUCCUCUGGUGACAUCCCACUAAAUACAGUACAGCUUCUCUGGGUAAAUCUUAUCAUGGAUACUCUUGGAGCACUAGCCUUGGCAACUGAACCACCAACUGAUCACCUGAUGGAUCAGCGUCCAAUGGGCCGAAGAGAACCUCUUGUAUCAAAUAUUAUGUGGAGGAAUCUGCUGAUGCAGGCAAUAUACCAAGUGUCUGUCUUGCUUACACUCAAUUUUCGAGGCAGGAGCUUACUGGGUCUUAGGCUUGAGACCAAUGACCUUGCAAUCAAAGUGAAGAACUCUCUGAUAUUCAAUGCAUUUGUUCUUUGUCAAGUCUUUAAUGAAUUUAAUGCGCGAAAGCCAGAUGAAUUCAACAUAUUCAAGGGAGUCACAAGAAACUACCUCUUUAUGGGGAUAGUGGGAAUAACUGUUGUGCUUCAGGUUGUCAUCAUUGAAUAUCUUGGAAAAUUCACUAAAUCAGUAAAGCUUAAUUGGAAACAGUGGCUCAUUUCCGUCAUUAUAGGAUUUAUAAGCUGGCCUCUUGCCGUGGUUGGAAAACUCAUACCAGUGCCAGCGAAUCCUCCCAUCAGUAACUUUAUCGCGACUCCCAUCAAUAACUUUAUCCGAAGAUGUUGUGGCAGAAGAUCUUAAAAGAAGGAAUCUGAGGCUUCUCGAUGGAGUCAUGUAUAGUUUCAUUAUCUCCCUCCUUUAUUUUGACAGGAGUCAACAUUCUUUUGGUAAUGGAAAGUAGUAUACUGGUUGCACAAAGACGUUUCUUUUUUUACAGAUCUGGAAACAAAGUCGGAUCUGUUUUAUACCUAGGUUCUAACAACUUCAGCUAGUCUUUUAUUUUAUUUUAUUUUUAUUUUGUCAGUUUGAUGAACGCUUCUUUAUAUUUUAGUAUAUUUGAAAAGUAGCAGAGAUAUGGAUGAUAAUUCCUUUCAUUAUUUCAAUUUAGCUGCUUUCCUAUUUAUAUGUAAUUUGGAUUUUGAUGAGGCACAACGCCCUUCAAAAGAAAUAUUUCUGCACGGCAUUGUGUUGUAAUCUAGUAAAUAACUCAUUGAGAGCUGUCCUCAAUCCAUAAACUAUCUACACUCUACUUCUUGAAUUAUACAAAAGGAAAGAAAAGAAAACGUUUUCUACCUCCAAGGGGUUUAUUUUUACGGUAAAAUAAUUCUUGGGUACGUUAAGAUUUCAAGUCCUAACAUCAAGUGGUGUGACAUUCUCAAAAAUAGUCCUGCAACCUAGGGAGGGAGAUAUGAGAUUUAUGAGAAUGUAGAAUUCUUAUUCCCCGGUUCCUAUGACCAGAAUUUAAACUGGAGCAGCAAAACUUGGUAUUCACGACAACAUAUUUGAAUACGGGGAAACAACCACAAUGAUAGCAUUUCCAGACAACUACCGUAAAGCCACUACUAUGACAAGUCAGGCAAGGUCAGGUUUUCAUAAAGCAGACAAUGAAAAUGGAAAAUGGUGCAUGGCCUGCUCAACUGUAGGAGCAUAUCUGCCCACACAAUGUGCUGGGGACUGGAGGCCCUUCUGGAUACCUUCACACAACACAAUAUCUUCUAUCUGCUCAUGAACAUUCAAAUAUAUUACUCUAAUGAGGAAAUUUUUUAAUCAAAUCUGCAAAUCCAACGUUUGUACCUGCACUUUCUCACUGUCUUGUAAACUUUUCUCUAUGAAAUCUUUGUCAUCCUGCCCAGUCAAAGAAAAGGCAU